CUUAAGUCGACACGUUCAAAAGGUGUUAAAACUUCUGAGUUCGUCUAAAUGUCUCAUUUUAAAAUAACUUCUACUUCAGUUUAGCUCUGGUUGAGAAGAACAACGAGAUGUGGAGCCGUCAACUCAUCAUCAUCUGCACAGCUCUGAGUUUUGUGAUCAGUGCUGAAGGUUUGAUUGAAGUGUUUGGAUACGAGGGAAGAGAUGUAAAGAUUACAUGUCGCUAUGAUGAGGGAUAUCAGAACUAUGAAAAAUACCUUUGUAAGAAUGAAUGUGGCUACAGUGACGUUCUCAUUACAACAACACAGAAAAAUAAAGGAAAAUAUUCCAUCACUGAUAAUAUAAAGAUCAGAGUCGUCACAGUGACCAUCUCUGAUCUUCAAUCACGUGAUGCUGGGAAAUACAAGUGUGGAAUCAUAGUGUGGGGAACAGAUCUCUACAGUGAAGUAAAACUGCACAUAAAAGAAGACAGAUGUUGCAACAACGUGAAUAAAAUCCAAAGUAUUGAGGAAGGUUCAGUGACCAUCAGCUGUCCGUACGACUCUCAGUCUGUCAACAAGCUGAAGUUCCUCUGCAGAGGAAACCGACCCUCCACUUGUCUUCAGCAGGCAGUGAUCACCUCUAGCAACACACAAAAUGGACGAUUCAGACUCUCUGAUGACAGGAAGUCAACAAUAUUCACAGUGACCAUUUCCAGUCUGACCCUGGAGGAUUCUGGGUCGUAUCUUUGUGGAGUCCAGAGAAACUCAGGAUUUGAUGAUUUCUCUGCUGUUGAGCUGGAGGUCAAAGAGUGGUGCUGUGUGGAGUCAAAGAACAUGAGUGGCAUUGUGGGACGUGCUGUAACCUUCCAGUGUCCUUAUCCACAUCAUCAUCGUAACAAUAUGAUGUUCCUCUGCAAAGGAGACCAGCGCAGCAACUGCACAUACAUGACUUAUCAAGGAAGAUUCACACUGCAUAAUGAUAAUGAGACCUUUUUUUCUGUGGUGAUCACAAAACUGGAAGCAGAGGAUUCUGGGACAUACUGGUGCAGAUCAGACUCUGAGUGGAGUGUUGGAAACUACACCCAGUUUCAUCUGACUGUGGAGGAAGCAGAACAGCGCGGUGUGUCAGAGGAGUUCAUAAUAGAAGCUGCAUACUGGCUUUUCGCUGCUCUUCCUGUUCUGCUGCUGAUACUGAUAAUCAUCCUGGUCAAAGUUUGCAAGACCAAACGUCGCCAGUUGAAAGCAGCAGUCGACAUGAACACAAGCAAACUGGAGGCAGUAGAUGCACAAGACGUGACGAGUGAGGAAGACAUGUACAAAAAUCAAAAUGUUGCUGCGAUGUUCUCGCAGCAGAAGAGGAUGCAGGGCACACAUUUCCUCUCUGGAGACGCAGAGGAAGACAAACUUUAUGAAAGUCCUGAUGAUCCUCCAGUGCGCUCACAGCGGAGGGCCUGCAAAGAGCAGAGAUCUGUUCACAUCUAUGAGGACUAUGAAGAUGAAGCUCAAUAUGAAAACAUUUCAACAACUGAGGACAUUUACUGCAAUGAGUUCUUUUCAAAGACUCAGAGAUAAAGAGUGAGCCAAAUGUUGGGUCUGACCUGUAUGUGGAUAACUGUAUUUGUGUGAGGCUGAAGCUUUUCCUUGAGUUCCUAAAAGUCUUUAUUCAUGUGACAUCAUCAUCAUCUUAGUGCUGCUGGUAGUGACAACUUUCAUGAGCUUUAAAAUUCUGCUUUUCCUUUACUUCAUACUAAUAAAACUGCAGUUUUGUAAUCUUAUAAACCAAAUUUUAAGUCAAAAGAAAUAAACGACGAAGUUCGUGAUUCUAGUGUGUCAGUGUG